AGUUGACGGCGCAGCCAUUUUGAGGAAGGCUGUGGUUCGACGAGUCUGCUGUGUGUGUGUGUGUGUACCAUUAUUAGCUGUCCCGAAAAACCACACAAAGAAACCAGACGGGAAAAACGUUGGACGACACGCCGUUAAAUAUGGGCCCACCGGGAGACAGAACACGCCACAUGUCGACUGAAAGAACGGAGGACUUCAGCUGGAUUGUCGAUUUAUCUUGACAUGGCAUGCAGCAGGGCGAGUCGGAGGUUGUGACGACUGAAGAAAAGAAGAGAAAGAAAACAAACACCUCGAAACUUAAGGCGUGGAAAGGGGGCGAUCCUGCUCAGCUAACGUUUAUUUCGUCAUUGUUGGCUAUCGAUCCCCCUUGCUGAUUUUUUUGUCGAUGUCGUUGUCGAGCUAAAAUGCUGAGCAUAGGCAAAAACAGCUAGUUAGUCCCCCCCAAGAACAUGUAAACGCGUGGAAAGAUGACUGUACGCUAGCUAGCCGACCACACAUAGGCCUAAAUUAAGCCAAUCAGUCAGAAGAUAAGAUGUAGCUACCCCGCUGGUUCACUACUAGUUAGUGUUGGAAGUGAAUGCCUUAGAUUAGCUUGCUAGCUCACCUUAGCUAGUGUGCUAAAAAUACGCCACGCCCACAUCAUGACGACCAGCAGUGGCUGCAGCGCCGCAGGCCGUGGGGCCAAGUGAGUGGCAGUAAACAGUUGAGGAAAAUGUCAAGGUACUUUCACAGUGGUCCUCGAUGUGCCAAUAUCUCCUGGCAUCUGUAUUUACCUGCCAUGUCUGUCUGUAUCCCCAACCUGUCUGUAACACGCACAUAACGCAGUCUACAGAGAAACAAAAACACAUAACAAGCCAUGGAUGAGGGGACUUUGAAUCGACCCAAACAAUAGAAUAUUUUGUCUGCUUGCUAGUCUCUGUACUUCUCAAUUUCACUAGCAGAAAAAAUGGGUUUUCACAAUAACAGCCGUUUUUGUUAAGUUACAUUCUCAAAAAAGUCAACUUUUAGUUGCUCUUUCAUUUAUGUCUUGUAAUCCCUUGUCGAUGGCAGGUUGAAAAAAAAGCUCAAUUGGCUUAAGUCAUGUCUUAAAAACAUGGAUUUCUGAUCAAGUUGUAAGGAGAUGUAGUCUUAGUUUGUUAAUCAUUCCCCUCUUCAACACUGCCCUGCUACAAAAAAAAAGAAAAUGACUUAGUUUGUCCUCUGAUUUGUUGACCUUUUCAGUUGGUAGUUAGUGGGUAAUUCACAGAUCUAGCCUAGAGUUGUUUGAUGCGUUGUUUCCGCGAGGGGUAGCUAAGCAUCAUCCUUUAUCCGACGUAUAAACACAAAAAGUAGAGAGUGUAGCCAAAACUAUUUUUGCACGAGAAGGAAGACACUACCAUCAAAAUCUAACCAUGGGGGACCCAACUUCACGAAGAAAUCAGACAAGAAAUCGACUUCGAGCUCAACUUCGGAAGAAAAGGGAGUCUUUGGCUGAUCAGUUUGACUUCAAGAUUUAUAUAGCCUUCGUUUUCAAAGAAAAGAAGAAGAAGUCUGCACUUUUUGAGGUGUCAGAGGUGGUGCCAGUGAUGACCAACAAUUAUGAAGAGAACAUCCUACGAGGUGUGCGGGACUCCAGCUACUCACUCGAGAGCUCAAUAGAACUCCUGCAAAAAGAUGUUGUGCAACUACACGCCCCCCGAUACCAGUCAAUGCGAAGGGAUGUGAUAGGCUGCACACAGGAGAUGGACUUCAUCCUUUGGCCACGCAACGACAUUGAGAAGAUUGUGUGUCUGCUUUUCUCCAGAUGGAAGGGGGCCGAUGAUGAACCCUUUAGGCCUGUUCAGGCCAAGUUUGAAUUUCAUCAUGGAGACUAUGAGAAGCAGUGCUUGCAUGCUUUGGGUCGUAAAGACAAGGCUGGAAUGGUCAUGAACAACCCAACUCAGUCUGUAUUUCUCUUCAUGGAUAGACAGCACUUACAGACUCCUAAAACCAAGGCCACAGUUUUCAAGUUGUGCAGCCUCUGCCUGUACUUGCCCCAGGACCAGCUGACCUGCUGGGGUGUGGGAGACAUCGAGGAUCACCUCCGCCCAUACAUGCCUGAUUAGGGCUUCCUGCUCCACCCAGCAGCAUAGGGAAAAGCCCUUCCCCCCCUCCCUCCUGCCUAAGCCUUCAGAAGCAAAUUGAUGUACUCAUCUUCACCCGUUUCCUUUUAAAAGAUUUGAACUUGUGCUUGGAUCUCUUCUCCUUUUUGUUACCUCCUCGUUCUCCCCACCCUGACCUGCAGCUGAUUCAGUUCUCAUCCUUGUUUUUUUCCCCCCUCACGCUUCCAAUGUCCUCCUUUUCUUCCUUACCAUUUUUGGAUUGGUCCCCCCCCCCCCCCCCCCCUUUUUUUUUUUUUUUUUUUUUUUACCCCCCCCCCCCCCCCCCCCCCCCCUCCUCCUCAUCAUUCCCCUUCUACUCACUCAUCCGUUUUUGUUUAUUUGAACCUGCACGAACAUUGAUUUUGAGUGGUUGGUUGUUCUCUUGGAGCCGCACUGUCAACAGCACCGGUCAUUGAAGGAACUCUUUAUGUUGCAUCAAAACAGGAACAAACGACACACAGGUCUUCACGGUGGUUCUCAGAUGGACAUGUUUUUAUCCUUGUUGUCAUAAGAGAGGAUUGUUAAAGCUUGUUUGUAAUGUCAGUGGAGUUUUUAGAACAACUUGACACAAUCUUUUGACCAAGGACAGGUGUGAAUAGGCAUUUAAACACCUGUACAAGCAAAGAAUACAAGAUGAACAGUAUUUGUCAAAUCAUAUGGUGUAGGUAUGGCUUCUUAUAAACCGCCUUAGUUUUUUUUGGCUGGACUUUAAAAAAAAAAAAUGUUUUUGGUGUCAUUUGCUUUCCUCUGAAACAUGCUAGGCAGUCCAUUGCUAAAAUCUUGAGUGACUCGAAAGGCAUUGUGCAUAACGUUGAGACAUGGCUAGAUGUUGGAGGUUACGGUCACUGGUCAUGCACCGUUCAGUUAAGCUACUGAAAUCUGAUGUUUUUAUGUUUUGUUUGAUUUGGGAUGUGGGUUGGUGAGACGCUGAAAGGGUGACAUACUUAAUGUUUAACAGACCUAACCAAAGUUGCUGUAAGCUAACUGAUUUUUGUUUAAUUUGACCUACUAAAAAAAAUGAAGAUUAAGUUGCAGCCAUGCUCAUGAAUAAAAGUUGGAUUUUG